GCUGGAGCCGCGGACAAGGAGCGAGGCCGGUCGCCGGGCACUUCCUGUGGAGGCCGCAGCGGGCGCGGGCGCCGACGGGCCGAGCGCCGAGCGAGCGAGCGAGCUGAGCGAGCCGAGCCUCCCGCCGCCGCCAUGGGCCAGAACGACCUGAUGGGCACGGCCGAGGACUUCGCCGACCAGUUCCUCCGGGUCACGAAGCAGUACCUGCCGCACGUGGCGCGCCUCUGCCUGACCAGCACGUUCCUGGAGGACGGCGUCCGCAUGUGGUUCCAGUGGGGGGAGCAGCGCGACUACAUCGACAGCACGUGGGGCUGUGGCUACGCACUGGCCUCCGCCUUUGUGCUCCUCAACCUGCUGGGGCAGCUGACCGGCUGCAUCCUGGUGCUGAGCAGGAACUUUGUGCAGUACGCCUGCUUCGGGCUCUUUGGAAUCAUAGCGCUGCAGACGAUUGCUUACAGCAUCCUGUGGGACUUGAAAUUUCUGAUGAGGAAUCUGGCCCUGGGAGGAGGCCUGCUGCUGCUGCUGGCGGAGUCGCGCUCCGAGGGGAAGAGCAUGUUUGCGGGCGUCCCCACCAUGCGCGAGAGCUCGCCCAAGCAGUACAUGCAGCUCGGGGGCCGGGUCCUGCUGGUGCUCAUGUUCAUGACCCUGCUGCACUUCGACGCCGGCUUCUUCUCCAUUCUCCAGAACAUCGUGGGCACAGCUCUGAUGAUUUUAGUGGCCAUCGGUUUUAAAACCAAGCUGGCUGCUUUGACUCUUGUCGUCUGGCUGUUUGCCAUCAACGUGUACUUCAACGCCUUCUGGACCAUUCCUGUCUAUAAGCCCAUGCACGACUUCCUGAAGUACGACUUCUUCCAGACCAUGUCGGUGAUUGGAGGCUUGCUCCUGGUGGUGGCCCUGGGCCCUGGGGGCGUCUCCAUGGACGAGAAGAAGAAAGAGUGGUAACAGACCCCCUCCCUGCCUGGCUGAGACCCGCGGCCACCGAGGACUGGUUCGGGGUGGAUUGACAAAGCUGCCAGCAUUCAUGUGUCCUCUCCCUCCCCUCCCUUGGUCAAGGCACAGAUGUUUUGAGAGUUUCUUUGCAGACACCUGAAAAUUGAUGGCUAAAUUUGCUCUGGACCCCUAACCUAGUAGCCGACCAUGGGAGCCGGCCGGCUAGCAGGCAGUAUUCCCCCCCGCCCCCCACUCCCAAGGCAAGGCCUCGGCUUCUCGGAGCGAGUGCGGGCUUGGCCGCGGCCUCCUGUCCUAGUCUGUUUGGGGGCUGCGGGUGGGGGCUUCAAGCUGUACUGUGAGCAGAUACAUU